CCCACGAGGGAUAUUGGGCCUAAGAGACAAUGGGCUGUUAUCCUUCCACUGCUAGGAGUAGGAAGUAAUCGCUGCUCUGUUAAACCAGCCUCACGCUUUACCCUCCAUUCUAAGUGACAAGACCUCUAUUCCUUCGAUAAGAGACCUUGGCCCAACUCCGAGCUUGGAACGGACAAUCCAAAUAAAGCUCCAUAAACCAAGCAUCGUGGACCAGCCCAACGUCCCAUUACCUUGAUGCCCCCACUCGGGUGACAAGCCCACGUUACUGAGCUCGGCGAAAGAAAUCCUUAGAUGGCCAUUUAUUAAUAAAAAACAUUUCCAAUAAAAAUCCGAACGAAUAUCCAACGAUGGAGGACGAAGAGUUGUACCGCCAUGCGAGGUUGGUGACAUCUGCCGUUAUAGCAAAGGUCCACACCAUUGAUUGGACUCUGGAGUUGCUAAAGACCGGUACAUUGCGAGCGGGAAUGCGCGCAAAUUGGGUUGACGUGGUGGAUUUGAUUGGGCGUAAAGGGGAAGAAUCAUUGUCGACGAUUGGAUUUACACGGCAAAUGGUGUCGAUGGGUCACCAAUCCUGUGGGGCACUCGAACUCUGGAACUAUCCUUGCUGGAUGAGGGAUCUCGUGCCCCAAAGCCCCGACGAAAUUGAAAGACCAAACCACAUUGACCUUCGAGCUCUCGAGGGUAAAUAAUACUACCUCCAUUCAUAAAACUUUUCAAAAAGGAAAAAAGACACGCCCUAGAAACGUACGUAGAAUUUUGAUAUUAUUUUCUAAUUUUGCCUGACAAUAAAUUUGAAUUUGAUGUGUAUGAUAUAUAAAUGAGUCAAAACUAGAAAAUAAUAUCAAAGUAACCCAUUGUACCGUGUAUAGGAAUUGGG